UACAGCGGAACCCUGUACAACACGACGGACGCAUUUUGACGGUACACAAAUAUGGCGGCUUACAUAUGCACGAGAUUUUGUGUAAACAAGUUCAAAGAUUCAGUUAGAUUUACUCAGCGAAGGUUUCGAGUUAAAGCAAAAUGGGCACAAACGAGGGCAAAGUUUCCAUCCACGAAUAUUGCUCUGCAGAACUUUGAUACAACCUACAGUAUGCAGUUAGGAGACCUGUGGCCAUCAGUUCGAGUUGCCAUGCUGAGUGAACAAAAGUAUGGAGCACUGAUAAACAACUUCUCUUCAACAUCCAAUAUAAUAACAACAGACUUAGAAGCUCAAGGAUGUAGAGACUUUAUCAGACCUCAUCAACAUUCAAAGGACUCCAUACCUCUACACAGAGAUGGUGCAGACCAAGAUGUGUUGAAACCUGCUGCUCAUGAACACAGUAUAAGUCCCGAUAUCAAAUGCCUUGUUUUUCCUCAAGGAGACAUAUCUAGAUUCAAACCCUCAAGACCAGACAGCUCUGGCUUAUUGGGGUAUUAUCUUCUGGAUGCUGCUUCAGUGCUGCCUGUAUUAGCUUUGGAUGUCCAGCCAGGACACAGGGUUUUAGAUCUAUGUGCCGCUCCUGGAGGGAAGACUCUUGCUCUUCUGCAGACACAUACAGUCAGUUAUCUUUGGGCAAAUGAUUUAUCAGGUUCUCGGACUGCACGGCUGCGCAAGACUUUACAGAGUUACCUGCCCAGAGAGUACCUGGAGGAAAACGAAAUCCAAAUCACUUCCUUUGAUGGUUGUAAAAUAGGCCCAACAGAGGAGAAAAGAUAUGACAAAGUGCUUGUAGAUGUUCCCUGUACCACAGACAGACACUCUGUAAUGGUGGAAGAUAACAAUUUAUUUAACAGGUCCAGGACCAAAGAGAGACAAAGGCUUCCCCUUCUGCAAACACAGCUUCUUAUGGCUGCGAUCCAAGCUGCACGACCAGGAGGAGACAUCGUGUACUCUACAUGUUCACUGUCCCAGCUGCAGAAUGAGUGUGUGGUGCAGCAGGCCAUACAUCUUGCUCAAGAGGAGUUUGGAAUCUCAUUGCAGGGUCAGGCCUCCUCCCAAUCCUAUACUCCGGGAUGGAUCGUUAUGGUUACUAUACCACUGAAUUCCUCCCAGCAUAAUUAUGUUAAUCUACACAGCAGGUUGAGCUCCAGUGCUGACACCAGAACUUUAAACCCCACCAGCUUGAAAGAGGCCGGCCUAUAAGGUACUGUUUGAUGU